AUGAAUGAAGAAACACGGUCAAGUUUAACGAGCGAGGUGCAUCUUGAAACUGUAGCAAGGAAAAUGAGUGUCGAAAAGCGGCGGAUAUAUGAUAUCGUAAACGUCAUGGAGGCAUUGGACGCUAUGAGUAAAACCAAUAAAUCUUACUAUCGUUGGCAUGGUUUGGAAGGAUUGCCAAAACUUAUGGCUGACUUGCAGAAGGAAGCCGUAGAAGAGCGACUUCCUGAGCGAGUAUUGCGAGUCGAGCAAGCAAUGUGCUCUUUUACUGAAUUAUCACCUGGAAGUCGCAAAUCCGGCAUGAAGGAAGUCGUUGGUACAUUGAUUGGCGAUGAUGGAUCGUUGUCUCAAAGUUCAACUGAUUCUUUAUGCCAGUCUGUUCACAGCAGUGAGAAACGAUCGCGAGUUGAUGGUAGAGAUCGGCAGGGAAGAAAUUCGCUGGCGCAACUAUGUAGGCGAUUUCUAAUGGUGCUUCUGAGCAACCCUAAGAACACCAGAAGGGUUAGCUUGGAUGUGGCCAGUACAGUACUGAUCAAAGAUCCUGAUACUGAAGGUUUUGAGCCUCCUAGUCGAAGUCGAUGUCGCAGACUAUAUGACAUUGCUAAUGUUCUAGUCGCUUUGGGAUUGAUCAAGAAGGUCCACUACCUUUUUGGAACGAAGAAAAUCCCAUUAUUCGUCUACUGUGGCCCGGAGCCAGAU